GUCUUUAUGUUCCUAAAUUACUGACAAUACUUGGAUUUAAAAAAGUAUAUAUUACUUUACUGUUGAUUAAUAUUUUUUAUUUAGAUAUGCCCUGCUUUUUUCAGAAUUAAUUGCGAAAUGGACUUCUCUAGAAACAAUACUUCAUUCAUAAUCGAAGAAUGGAACACUUCAAAUAUACCGGGUUUGGUUGGAGCCAUUUUAUACACCGUGGCGGCAGCUUUCCUAUGUGAAGCCUUACACGUGUUCAUCAAAGUCCAAGAGCUUAAGUUGCACUGCAGGAAACACAAAGUCCCGGUGCAUUUGGGUCUGUCCACGUGUCACGUGGUCCUGACAGGGCUACGCAUCAGCCUCGUUCUCGCUGUGUUGUCUGGAAACAUGUGGGUGUGGAUCUCGCUGGGAGUGGGUGCUGGGACCGGCUAUUUCUUUCUGAGACCGUGUCUGAACAGCGCAACAUCCGGGGUAUCAGAAGAUGAUGACGUCUACGGACAUGGUCGUGCUCGGUUGAAGACAGUCAGGAAAUUAGGCCACUACAGCGUGCACAAAUCAGCUCAACAGAUCUGCCGUGCACAGGAGGAGAAACGUGACGAUUACUACAAACUGACGACAGAAAACAACAACAACAAUAAUACAAACAACAGGUUCGACACGGACAGACAGACGCAGCCAUUACUCCACACAGCUCCACAAUGUGCAGAGGUACCGACACUCAAGGAAGAGCGCUCCUCCACUACCUUCCUCCCGAGCGCGCAACCCACCUGCACAAUACAGAACAUGAGCAACGAAGAACGAUGGGACUACAUUCGGGAAACUUUCCAGAAGCUGUCCCGUUCUCACCUGUACGCCGGGCUGGAGAGACGCCGGAUGCAGGAUCAGAGUAAUCUCUCUUGUCAGAGCCCGCGCAACACUAGCCACGCACACUGGGAGAGUUCCUUCGAUGUGUCCGCCGUGGACUUUAACGAUCUGCUGAACGAGGAGUCGUACCGGGCGCAGGAAAUCGCCCAGGGAUCCUGAGGGCGAUUGCUUGAGUCAAGAAGAGUGUCCGGCCCACGGGGCAACCCCCACAGCAUAUUAAUUUUAUUAAGGUGUCCAUCGAUCCUGAAGGUGUCAUUGAUAGGAAAAGACAUAUCCACCUAGCAUAUUCCUUCAGAUACCGGGACCCGCCGUUACAAAUUUCCGUCACGUGUACCCUGAAAUCUGAAGUUUUACCUCAAUAAUACCAUGGACUUGUCUUAAAUUAGGAAUUUAGUAAUGCGCUUAGUAACUUCAAUAUGUUGGGUUCUUUGGGGCCAUAUGCCCCUAUUUCAACGGAUAUUCCUCGGUUAAGAAGCCGGUGUGCUGAUGAAGUUCACUAGCACUCUAAAGCACAUUCACAUUUUCUAAACGUCUCGUGCAUGUUUAUGAACUAGGCACAAAUGUGCAGAUCUAGGUCUUGAUCCCUAUUGGAAAAUUUACAUUUUUAAAAAUUAAGCAAAGAAGUUACCGAAAAUAGGCAUCGGCC